AUGAUAUCGUACGUGUCAUUAAUUAUUAAUUAUAUUUUAAUAAUUAUUAAUUUAUCUAGUUCCACGAUAGAUAUCAAUCUAUCGGAAUUUCAAUACAUUGCCGAUCAUUUAACAGUCGAAGAAUGUUACAAACUCGUGUCUGCUUUGCAUUUUAACGAAUUUGAUCUUCCAAAAGGAUUAAACGCAGCCGCACAAUUAAUGAUUUAA